AUGGAAUGGGAUAUUCAACAAGCAGACAUGUGGGUGUGACGAUGAGCUGUCCACAAACCUUUGGCCAUACAGUGUAGGUUGUAGCUCCCUGCACAACCUGUUUUUUUUUUUGUUUUUUUUUUUUUAAACAUUUUAUUUAGAAAAGCCUCAAAAUUUGACCUGGUGUGCCAACACGUGCAUAAGAUGGUAUAUCUUAAACGCAGUGUCAGUUGCUGUACUUUAAUCACAAUUGCUUUACACAAGCAAUAAGGUCACCUCAGUAUAUCUGAAUGACAUAAUAGGGCUACGUGUACAGGGCAUGUCCUAUCUGUAUUAUUUCACCGGGUUUUCCUGUUUCCUCUACGGUGCGUGAGCGCAGUAACAAAAAAAGCAUUGCGUGUUUGCAUCUCUUGGCACAAAAGCGCACUGAUCGUGAGGUAGUGAAGCGCAUCGAAGGCCACGUGACUGCAACGGCACACACGCGCGCGCACACACACGCGCACACACCCGCGCGCUCCAAGCUCGUUUUGGCUCGCGCCCGCUGGCCUCGCCGUGAGCGCCACACCGCGUUCGUGCGCUUUGUUGUUCCCAGAAACCUUCGACCUGAGCGCUCGAUCUCAGCUCGCCAUGCGAUGGAUAUUCUGUGGCAAUACCAGUUCAGGAUUAUUCUGCUCGGCGACUCGACGGUCGGCAAAUCGUCUCUGCUUAAACGGUUCACGGACGGCGUGUACAGCGAUGUGGCGGAUCCGACGGUCGGGGUAGAUUUCUACGCCCGAUCACUCGAUAUAGAACCGGGGGUAAAGAUCAAACUGCAGCUGUGGGACACCGCCGGGCAAGAGAGAUUCAGGUCCAUUACAACCUCCUACUACCGCAAUUCGGUCGGCGGACUCCUGGUGUUUGACCUGACCAAUCGCAAGAGCUUUGAGCAUGUGCGUGAAUGGUACCGCGAAGUCACUGAGCACAUCCUGCCGCACCACAUGGUCUACAUCUUGAUCGGCCACAAGAGUGACCUGAGCCGAGAGCGCAAAGUGCACCGCGAUGAGGCCGAGCAGCUGGCGGCCGAGUUGGGUGUGCGCUAUGUGGAGACGUCAGCGAAGUGCAACAGCAAUGUGGAGCGCGCCUUCGAGCUUCUGGCACGCGACAUCUAUGAGCUGAUGAAGAUGGGUGAGAUCUCGGCGCGUGACGGCUGGGACGGUGUCAAAAGCGGCCUCACAGCUAAAGUCCUUUACCCAGCCGAGGAAGAGGCAGAGAGAGAGAAGAGCUGCAACUGCUGACUUGGGGUGUUCGCCUUUAACCUCUCACCUGUGUCAGUCAGUUGUCCUUGCUGGGUUCACGCUUUCACUUCCUGUAUUGCAAGUCGAGCUCGCUGCUUGUCCCUGCAUUAUCUGUCUG